UGCAAUAUCGCUAGCAGCGUAGAUACGAACGAACAGCGGUUCCUCUGGCUCUCGUCUCUUACACCGAAGGCGGCGAGGCGUGGCAGUGCCGCAGUGAGCGUCACCGGCCGCCGGCGGCGCGCUCUGCCGGAGACGGGUUCGUCUAAUCCUGGACGCGCGCGCGCGUUGAGGAACUGCAUCUCAACACAGCGGGGACUAACAGCUCCAACUGCCUCCUACGCCGCACGCUGCAACCCUCGGAGAUCACUCCGGCCUACCAGUUUCCCUGACGCUUCACCUCCCCAAAGAUUUUAUUUAAUCUCCACCACUUAUGACGACGAUGUUCGUGGCAAAGAAACGAGGGUCCGUUGGUGGGACCAAGGCGAGCCGCAAAAACGAUCGCAUCAGCGGACUUCCCGACGACAUCCUCGGCACCAUCAUCUCCCUCCUACCCACCAAGGAUGGUGCCCGCACACACAAGCAAUUGCUCGCAGAUGGCGUCCCCUCUGGCGCUCUGCGCCGCUCAACCUCCAUGUUGACUACAGCCUCUGCCAAGAUGGGUCCAAGCGCUGCUCCAUCGUCUCCAAGAUACUCUCCAACCACCUUGCCCCGACUCGUCGCUUCUACUUCAACGAUCUCAUCCGCCACGAAUGUGUCCACCUAUACAAAGAAGCUAAAAGGUACACCGAGGACCCCGCUGCUCACAUCGAGAGCUGGUUAUGCUCCGGAGCCCUCGUCAACCUUGAGGAGCUCGACAUCAGCUUCGGGAUCCUGAAAUGUACCCGUAAGACAUGCUUCCGCCCGUUGCCACCAUGCGUGCUCCGGCAAUGCGCAUCGACCGUCGUCGUGGCCAGAAUCGGCUUUUGCAGCAUUGGAAAGGAGAUGCCUCCUUGGCCGUGUUUCCCCUUCCUCAAGCAGCUCACCCUACGGUUCGUUUCCAUAUCCGAGGAUGUCUUCCUUGGGAUGCUCUCCAGCUGCCAUGCUUUGGAGUCACUUUACAUAUGUAAAUUUUAUGAUGUGGGUUGCCUGCGAGUUAGCUCGCCAAGUCUUAGGAGCUUGGGCAUUGGUCGUCUUUAUUUAGAGAAAGAAGAAGAAUUGAUUAUUGAGGACACCCCAUUCCUUGAAAGGCUUCUACUUUGUAGUCGGGAAGUUAAAGGUGUUAUCCGGAUAAUUAGGGCACCAAAACUGGAGAUAUUUGGCCCUUUGUGGUGCUGCAUCUCUAGAAUCGAAAUUGAAAGCUUAGUCUUCCAGGAACUGAUCCCGGCCAGCUUGAGCCAUUCAAUAUGUACUGUGAAAGUGUUAGCGCUUGAGUAUUCCGCCCCUUGUUUGAAUGUGGUUCUCGACGUCAUCAUGUGCUUCCCCUUCUUAGAAAAGCUCUACGUCACGUGGGACAAAUUCUUAAAGCCGGGGAUGAAAAGCGUGCGUCGAUAUGAUCCACUAAAUCCGAUCAGAUGCUUCCAGAGCCAUUUCAAAAUACUGGUGUUGAACAGUUACGCUGGUGGAGAGCAAGAUGUUGAUCUUGCCAGGUUCUUUAUCUUGAAUGCCAAAGUGCUAAAGGCCAUCACAUUUUUAGUCAAGGGGGUGAUUGACAAGGUAUGGGUGGAUGAUCACUGCAGGUUGCUAGAAGUGGAAACUAGAGCUUCUCGAGACGCGAAAAUCGAAUUUAGACGUGAGUCAGGGUACAGGGGCUUGAAUGCCCAUGACCUAUCGAUUGAUGAUCCAUUCAGCGUCAGUUAUGGCGUAUAUAGAGGCAAUAUUGUUUGAGAAUUUCAUAUGCAUGGUUUCUCGAUGGCCCCAUCUUGUUGUUGUUGAGUCUGCUGCAGAUGAGAAGUUGAUACAUGUUCCGCUGGAAGUUGGUCGUUUACCUGCAAUAUCAGUUUUCACAUGCCGGCUUUCAACAGCAGAACUAGCUUCCUGAUCGAACAUCUUCCUUCUAGUAAGAUGUAUUUCUUAAGAUGUGCUACAAGCCAAUGUUAAUAAGCAACUAGCAGCUUGUUUUGUUACUAACAUGCUAGAACCUUCUACCGUAGUUUUCUAAUUACUUUAAGAACUGAGAUAGCUAGAACCUUCACAUUGCUAUAUUCAGACGACCUACCUUUCCGAUAACACCACAGUAAGAAGAUCGGAGUGUCUUCUGUACAUACAGUCAAGUUCUGUGAAGGCUUUCUAGAAGCCAUUGUUGAUUAGAAACUAGAAGCUUGUUUUUAGAACAAACCUGCAAUGUACAUUUG